UUCUUUUCAGAGGAACACACCAUCAUCCAGGCAGAGUUCUAUCUUUCCCCAGACGAAAGUGGAGAGUAUAUGUUUGACUUUGAUGGUGACGAGAUAUUCCAUGUAGAUAUUGGAAAGUCAGAGACCAUCUGGAGACUUGAAGAAUUUUCAAAGUUUGCCAGCUUUGAGGCUCAGGGUGCGCUGGCUAAUAUAGCUGUGGACAGAGCUAACCUGGACAUCAUGAAAAAUCGUUCCAAAAACACUCCAGAUGCCAAUGUGGCCCCAGAGGUGACUGUUCUCUCCAGAAGCCCAGUGAACCUGGGAGAGCCCAACAUCCUCAUCUGUUUCGUGGACAAGUUCUCCCCUCCAGUGGUCAAUGUCACCUGGCUCCGGAAUGGACAGCCUGUCACCAAAGGCAUAUCAGAGACAGUGUUUCUCCCGAGAGAAGACCACCUCUUCCGAAAGUUCCAUUAUCUGACCUUCCUGCCCUCCAGGGAAGAUUACUAUGACUGUGAGGUGGAUCACUGGGGUUUGGAGGAGCCUCUGCGGAAGCAUUGGGAGUUUGAAGAGAAAACCCUUCUCCCAGAAACUAAAGAGAAUGUUGUGUGUGCCCUCGGGUUGUUUGUGGGUCUGGUAGGCAUCGUUGUCGGGAUUAUCCUCAUCAUGGAGGGUAUUAAAAAACGCAGUGCUGCAGAACGCCACCAAGGAGGCCUGUGAGCUGCCUGGAGGUGAUGCCUUCAGUAAAAGCUCAUG